UACCCCUUGAACCAGCACCGCCGGCCCGUGCGUAUGGGAGGACCUCCCGCGGCGCCGCGGCAGGAGGAGGAGGGCGCUGUGGUGGUGACGGAGCUGGAGGUGCGCGUGCAGCUGCUGGCCUCCGGCGGCGGCGGCGGCGGCGCGUACAACAUCAACGACAACGCCGACAUCCUGUCCGAGAUCCUGGCGCGCCUCGACGGCCGCUCGCUCGCGUCCGCGGCCUCCGUCUGCCGCCUCUGGGCCGCCGUGUCGCGCCGGGACGCCGUCUGGGAGGCGCUCUGCCUCCGCCACGUGGGCCCGGCGUCCGGCCCCACCGCGGGCCACGCCACCCGCACCGUCGUGGCCGCGCUCGGCGGGUACCGCCGGCUCUACCGCCUCUGCCUUGGCCCGGCGCUCGACAGGCUCGGCCGCGCGGGCGCCCUCGCCCACGCGCAGGCCCGGGCGCGCCUGUCGCUCUCCCUCUCGCUGUCGCUCUUCUCCAUCGACUGCUACGAGCGGCUAGGAGGCGGGAGCGGCGCCACUGCCGGCGCCGGCAGGCAGCAGCCUCCCUCGUCGCUGCUCUUCCUGUGCAAGCCCGUGGACGUGUCCUGAUCAAUGGCCGUAUGAUCCAUCCUCAAUGGCGUCGCGCUCCGGGCCGACGCACGCCGGCCGUACCCUCCCGACGCGCGGCGCGGUUGACAAUGACAUAGUGGUCUUUGUCCAAUUUGCUCAUUUUCAUUUAUUACUUAUAUUAGCACGGACCAAUAAGGGUUAAUUAAUUGAUUACGCAUUUGUAGCUGUACCGCAGGGCCAUUGAAUAUGGAAAUAAACGAAUGAUUCUUUCUUUC